CGGGCGCGCGGCCCCGCCCGGCGCCCACCGCCCUGCCCUCGCCUGUCUCCUCCUUUCCCCGGGGCUCCGCUGAGUUCAUUCACUGGGAUUGGUUUCAAGUGACGCCAUCUCUUUAUUUUUAAACCAAUGACCUCAUCCGCGCUUGAAGUUUCCUGACCAGCGACUCUUUCUCUUUCCCCCCAACCCCCCACCCGCCCCCCCACGCCUUUCCCCCUCGGUCUUGGAGCACUGUGUGGGGGGCUUUGAUCAGUUUUUAGACGAUUAUCACCACUUCUCCGCCCCCCUCCGCGGCCCCCUCGCGGCCCCCCACCCUCACCUCCCCGAGUUCUUCACUCCUUUCAGCGUUGUUGUUUCAAGGCUGACUGGAGAGUGUGUGUGGUGGGGGGGGGGUGGAAGAGAAAGGGCGCAGAAAAGUUGCGAACGUCUCCUCUCUUUCGAGGCUUCCCGCCCCCGCCCACCCCUCAGAGGAGAGGGUAAUAGAGUGAAGAGAAGACGAGGAGGAGAGCGCGACGGGACGGACGCGAGCGGGAGCGCAGCCGCCCUCCCGGCUCCGCGGCGGCGCCUCGCAAGCCGGGCAGGCGAGGGGGCCCCGAGGGGAGACGCCGUGACAAGCUUCACCCCCCCCCGGACCCCCGGACGGAGCCGGGAGGUCGGCGGCCCCAAAAGACAAGAUAUGAGUUAUCCAUUUUAUAGAUGAGGAAACAAAGACUAAAUAAUUUAUCCAGAUCAGAGCAAGUAAGAAGUGGUGCUAGACCUGGAGCUGAGAUCUCCUGAUUCAUUUUCAGGUCCUUGGGAUGGUCUUGUGCUGAAAUGACAAGAGAACUAGUGACUCCCCAGGGAGGAUGGUACAGGAAGAUGGGGAGAGCUGGGCAGGGACGCUGCAGGCACAGGACCAUCUUUCACUAUCAAGAGGAUUUUUGAGUCCAGUGUAAAGCUGUUGGAGCGAGGAGCAAAGGUAAAGAAUGAUGUAAUGCACUGGCUGCCCCAAAGCAUCUUUUGUUGUGGAAUGGUUAUUUCAGUCAUCUCUUUAUGAAUCAAAUGUGAGGGACUGCUUUGUGGAAGGAGUCCUUUGCAAGAGCACAUCAACGGGGAAAGAGAAAGGGACAUUCACUUGGAGGGCUCUUGCUGAAAAUGGGUUUAACUCUCCUUUUGCCAGUCACCACCAGCCUGACCUCAUACAUUUUUAGUACAAUGGAGUGGCUGAGCCUUUGAGUACACCACCAUUACAUCAUCGUGGCAAAUUAAAGAAGGAGGUGGGAAAAGAAGACUUAUUGUUGUCAUGGCCCAUGAGAUGAUUGGAACUCAAAUUGUUACUGAGAGGUUGGUGGCUCUGUUGGAAAGUGGAACAGAGAAAGUGCUGCUAAUUGAUAGCCGGCCAUUUGUGGAAUACAAUACAUCCCACAUUUUGGAAGCCAUUAAUAUCAACUGCUCCAAGCUUAUGAAGCGAAGGUUGCAACAAGACAAAGUGUUAAUUACAGAGCUCAUCCAGCAUUCGGCAAAACAUAAGGUUGAUAUCGAUUGCAGUCAGAAGGUUGUAGUUUAUGAUCAAAGCUCCCAAGAUGUUGCCUCUCUGUCUUCUGACUGUUUUCUCACUGUACUUCUGGGUAAACUGGAGAAGAGCUUCAACUCCGUUCACCUGCUUGCAGGUGGGUUUGCGGAGUUCUCCCGUUGUUUCCCUGGCCUCUGUGAAGGAAAAUCUGCUCUAGUCCCUACCUGCAUUUCUCAGCCUUGCCUACCUGUUGCCAACAUUGGGCCAACCCGAAUUCUUCCCAAUCUUUAUCUUGGCUGCCAGCGAGAUGUCCUCAACAAGGAGCUGAUGCAACAGAAUGGGAUUGGUUAUGUGUUAAAUGCCAGCAAUACCUGUCCUAAGCCCGAUUUUAUCCCCGAAUCUCAUUUCCUGCGAGUGCCUGUGAAUGAUAGCUUUUGUGAGAAAAUUUUGCCGUGGUUGGACAAAUCAGUAGAUUUCAUUGAGAAAGCCAAGGCUUCCAACGGCCGUGUGCUGGUGCACUGCUUAGCAGGCAUCUCUCGCUCAGCCACCAUCGCCAUCGCCUACAUCAUGAAGAGGAUGGACAUGUCCUUAGAUGAAGCUUACAGAUUUGUGAAAGAAAAAAGACCUACCAUAUCUCCAAACUUCAAUUUUCUGGGCCAACUCCUAGACUAUGAGAAGAAGAUUAAGAACCAGACUGGCACAUCAGGGCCAAAGAGCAAACUCAAGCUGCUGCACCUGGAGAAGCCAAAUGACCCUGUCCCUGCGGUCUCCGAGGGUGGACAGAAGGGCGAGAUGUGCCUCGGUCCACCCUGUGCCAACUCUGCUACCUCAGAGGCGGCAGGCCAAAGGCCCGUGCAUGCUGCCGGCACACCCAGCACACAGCCCCCGCUGUUGGAGGACAGCUCUCUGGUCCAGGCACUCAGUGGGCUCCACCUGCCCUCAGGCAAGCUGGAAGACAGCAGUAAGCUCAAGCGCUCCUUCUCUCUGGACAUCAAAUCUGUUUCAUACUCGGCCAGUGUGGCGGCGUCCUUGCAUGGCUUCUCCUCAUCAGAAGAUGCGCUUGAAUACUACAAACCUUCCACGACUCUGGAGGGGACCAACAAGCUCUGUCAGUUCUCUCCCGUUGAGGAAGUAUCAGAGCAGACCCCAGAAACCAGCCCAGAUAAGGAGGAGGCCAACGUCCCCAAGAAGCCUCAGCCUGUCAGGCCCUCUGAUAGCCAGAGCAAGCGAUUACAUGCAGUGAGAACCAGUAGUGGCAGUGCCGGCCCACGGUCCCUCAUCUCCCCCCUGCACCGGAGUGGGAGCGUAGAGGACAACUGCCAUACCAACUUCCUUUUUGGCCUCUCCACCAGCCAGCAGCACCUCGCCAAGUCUGCUGCUGGGCUGGGCCUCAAGGGCUGGCAUUCGGAUAUCUUGGCUCCGCAGACCUCCACUCCUUCCCUGACCAAUAGCUGGUAUUUUGCCACAGAGUCCUCUCACUUCUACUCUGCCUCGGCCGUCUACGGAGGCAGUGCCAGUUACUCUGCCUACAGCUGUAGCCAGCUGCCCACCUGUAGCGACCAGGUCUACUCUGUGCGCAGGCGGCAGAAGCCAAGUGACAGAGCCGACUCGCGGCGGAGCUGGCAUGAAGAGAGCCCCUUUGAAAAGCAGUUUAAACGCCGAAGCUGCCAGAUGGAAUUUGGAGAGGGCAUCAUGUCGGAGAACAGGUCUCGGGAAGAACUGGGGAAGGUGGGCAGCCAGUCUAGCUUUUCAGGCAGCAUGGAAAUCAUUGAGGUCUCCUGAGAAGAGACACGCUUAUGACUUCUGUUGACAAUGUUUUUCUUGUUCACAAAAAAAAAAAAAUAUUCCCUGUAAAUCUGAAAUAUAUAUAUAUGUACAUACAUAUAUAUUUUUGGAGAAUGGAGCUAUGGUGUAAAAGCAAAAAGAUGGAUCAACACAGUUCUCUCAACAUCUGUACUUGAGAGAUCAGCUAAUAUUUCUCUCAACAAAAGUGGAAGGGCAGAUUGCUAGAUAUCCUGCUAGACAGAUGAAAAAUUGUAUGUGGUGAAUUGCACAUCCUCUUGUUCUUACCAAAUCUGGUUUUAUUUGGUGUUGGAGGACAAAAUGCCCCACAGUUUCCAUGUUGUGCUACAAGAGGUCUUGAGUGCUAGUCUGUCCGGCCCCUUCCGUGGUGCACCUUAGUGCUGAGACUGAGCCAACUCGUGGGUUGGGCGGGGAGACCCCAUUAGGCACACAGCCUUGUGGUAAACGCAAGGGAAACGACCACACCCAAAACGGAUUCACACAUUCGAGCUCAGCUGGCCGCCGAGUGAUGCGGGCCCUAUCUGCUGCGCGGACCGUCAGGGGCCUUGCCCAGGCCUACUUUAGAGCAAACCCAGUACCUCAGACCAAAAGUCGGGGCUUCUACCACUACCAAGUCUGGUAGCCUUUCUUCUAGGUGUUGUGAAUAGGUAGGUAGCUAGUCACACUUUUCAGACCAGUUCACACCGUCUCUGCACAAAUUCCCAGUUGGGCCUGGAUGGAGGUAGUUAAGUUUUUCUUCUUCUCAGCUUGAUGAAGAGGGCAAACCAUCUAGGAUUCAAUUCAACAGCCAGUGAUGUGUAGCGUAGGUCGGGAGGCUAACCAAGUCUACCUCCCUCCGCGUAAAUCAAAGAAUUGUUCAAAAUGGGGUGGUUAAUCCUUUAAAUAAAGAUUUACUUGGUUUAAGCCAGAUGUGAAUUUAUUCGGGUUGGUAGCAGAACAGCACCAUCAAGUUCUCAGCCAAAGUCGAUUUUUCCCAUUUCGGUUUCCUUGCACAGAUACAUUUUGUAAAAACCUAACAGGUAGACUUUUAUAGGAAACUACCAAGAGGGAGAAAAACUCUGGAAAGAUUAAAGAAGUAAAAUUGCUAAGGAGAAAAGGAAACUCCUUUUUCUCCAUGGUUUUAUUCCCCUGAGCAUGUGAUGAAGGGGGGUGGGGGGGGGAGUUCUGUAAUUUCCUUAGACUUUCCAAUUUACUAACAGGGCUGAGAGGCUAGUUACAUGAGGAGUGUUCAGAAUAAGAAUGUUCAGAAUAAAACUGGAGGAAGGUGAGGGGAAGGUGGUUAGGUUUUGUUUCGUUGUGAGCAGAGUGGGAAGCCACAGCCAAGCUGUUCUCAGAAACACUCCUUGGCAUUUUUUUAGUAGAAGGGACACAGCAAAAUGGGGCGGGACCAAGCUGGUCUCUCGUUUCUGACCUACAAUCACUAUAUGGAAUCAAUCCUGGCAGCUGAAAAUAGGAAUUGAUUGGAACAAGUACACAAGUGAUUAGUACAUAUCUGCUUUGAAACUUCCUGGCUUGAGUCUUGUCAGCUACAGUAGGGUCCUCUUUUUAAAGCCUUAAUUCACGUCAGCAGCUUUUUUUUUGGGGGGGGGGGCGGGAUAUUGUCAUUGUUCUUUACUGUAAGUGUAGCUAGUUGCUGACUCAUAUCUCAGGUUUUUCUGUGUUCAACAAGUGGAUAGUCCUUCGACAAGGAUGCGACUUCAUGUUUCCCGUGAUGACUGCUGAAACCAGCACAGGAUGAGUGACGUGAUUCAGAAUGGAUUUGCUCAUGCUGAUUCCAAGCAUCGCGUAACAUAACUGGUUGUACACCAGUAAUGUGCUGCGAUCCAGGUGUGAGGUGAAGGCAGGAAGAAAGUACACCGCUUAGGGAGCUCGGUGUUACUCUAUUGAAAAAGUGGUGUUAGAAUGAUCUGAGUUAGUUUUUCUACAUAAGUUUAAAUUUGGGAUGUAAUCAGACUUUCACAAGUUUUCACAGUAAUUUUUUGAUGUGUUAUGCAGACACCAGAUGUGAAGAGCUCACAUCUUCCAGGGGCUGGUCACAACAAUGUAAUAUUUUUAAGAAAUGAAGGCAAUAGCUCCAGUGAGGGUUGGGGGACAUCCAGUAUUCGGGAUUUCUCCCGGCCAUGGUUCCUUCCUUCCUGUGACCGUGAGGUAGUCCUGCACGACCGCCUUGGUCUCUGAUUGCCAACAUCACAUCAUCAGUUCUUGGGAUCGAGAUGGCUGUGGCUGGGCGGCAAGUGCUGGCACUGCUGGGGUGGGGCGGCUGGCUCCCUUCAGUUCCGAGUCCUAGGGGAAGCCCUGGAGUCUACCAGGAGGAUACAGAACAGUGAUUUCUAAAGAGCAAGACUAGAUUUCUAUGUGAGAAAUGCUGGACAACGAUUUAGGACAUUUGUAAAGUGAGGUGGGCAGACUGUAUAAAUGUUUAAUACGAAUAUAGCAUUCUUUUGGAGUAAGAUGCUGUUGAAUGGUUAAAUCGUGCAUUUCUCAUUUUGAUGUUCUUGUAUGUUAAUAUGAAAUAAAAUCAAAACUGGUA